AUGGAGAGCAGCGACGACGGAUCGAUCCUCAGCACCGACCACAUCAACACCCUUAUCACCCUCGAACGUACCGGUGCGAGUCUAUCCAUGGUUGCUAUCCUUGUAACCGUCGCCCCCUUCGUGACUUUCAAGAAGCUCCGUACAACCCCAAACAUGUUUCUCGUGUGUGCUUCUGUAGCAAACGCCGGGGCAAGCGUAGCCUCGAUGAUGGGCUACGAUGGACUACGCAUGGGCGAGGACUCGGCGCUUUGUCAGGUUCAAGGCUUCAUGUUCCAAUGGUUCAUGCAGGCUGACCCGUGGUGGUCGUUUGCCAUGGCGGUCAAUGUUUUUCUGGUAUUUUUUAAUAAUGCUAACCCGUGCAACUUUCAAAAGUACACAUGGGUGUAUUGUGUGAUAUGUUUCGGCGGGCCCAUGCUGCCUGCGACUAUACUUCUUUCUAUUCGUAAUGAUGAGAGGGGGCCCGUCUUUGGUGAUGCAGCAUUGUGGUGUUGGAUUAGACCGAAAUGGAGCAUCAUCCGUCUCUACGCAUACUACAUUCCUAUUUGGAUCUGCAUUGUUUUCUCCAUCUUCAUCUAUAUUGCUGUUGGAUAUCAUGUCUUUCGGCACAGGAAUCAGCUGCGUAAUGUUACAUUUCAGGUUUCGAAUAGUAAUUACCGGAAUGGAUCCUUGUCUGAUAGCGAGAAUAUGACCUCAGUAGAAGAGAAUUCCACGGAUGAAAAUAGCUGCUACAGACUCGUUCCCAUGGGAGUCCAAGUUACAACCAACUUUUCAAGUUUCGUCGAGGACCAUCCUCCCCUGCCCCCUCACGUUGCUCAUAGAACAACAUCUCGUAGCGCGUGGUUGGAUUCUCACAAUGACUCUGAUAGCGAAAUGGCCCUCCCGACUCCACAAUUUGAAACGAUAUGUUCCUCUGGAGGGCAGCAUAAGAAACGCACAACCCUUGCGGGUAGACUGGGAAACCUCACUUCGACAGCCUCAAUGAAGCUGAAGCGCCUGGAUCCGGUGAAGAUGGCGUAUCUUCGGACAAGCUUCAUCUUUGGGUUUUCCGUGCUAAUUACAUGGAUUCCAAGCUCAGUCAACAGACUUUACAGUCUUGCCAAUGGAGGGCAAGUCAGCUAUUCUCUCAGCAUCGCGAGUGGCUGUGUCUUGCCACUUCAAGGUGUAUGGAACGCAAUCAUCUUCUUCACGACGAGCUGGUCCACGGUGCAGGCCGAAGCGAGAAUUAUAAAGACUAAAUUUGGAUACGGCGUAGGUGACUGCCGAUCUCGCUUAGAGAGCAGAAUGGACAUUUCAUCGAACGAAAGGUGCGAUGCAUUCAGCGAGUCCCAGCGAGACGGGUUGCACCUCCCCGAUAUGGAGACUCACGAAACAAAGUGA